AUGGUGCGCGUGCCCGGAUCUUCUGAGGCCUCUGGAUUUCAUUGUGAGUCCACUGGCGAAGAUGUCAAGAUUAAGCAAGAACCUGGGAUUGAAGUGUCAGCGACAAAGGGAUCGACGCAGACACGCAGAAGCACAAGAUCCUCAGAUCAUCAGAGUUUUGGGAGGGGCUCUGAUGAAAUGAAAAUGAAAGAGGAAGAUCGAGAGAUUAAUCUGGAAGAUAAACCUCAAUUCCCUCCUAGGGUCCCUUCGGGGGCCACCGCAGAUCGCUCUGCAAAGAGCGAUCUGCUGGAUGAAAAUCCAAUGGUGAAAACCAAAUCGGCGAAAGCCAAACCCUAUAUCUUAGUCGAUAGAUCGCCCGACCUCAAGCCGAAGAGCUCAAUCGCGAGAUCGACCACAUCAGAACGAUCCGCGACGAGAUCGAUGGGAUUAGAUGUCAAAGAUCGCCAGAUCGGCCGAACCGUGCAAUCGAAGAUCGGAGCCGAAGAGGAAUACGAUGAAACACCAGAUAAGAUCGCGAUGCCAAAGACGGAAUAUAACCCAAUAAAGAUCGCGUCCAUGGAGAAGGAGACGACGGGUGAAACGCGGGAGCGUGCAAAAUGGCAGUACUAUUAUGGCCAGUUGAAGACGCUGCUCAAGACGGACCCAGUGUUCAAGAUAUUAAGGCCCAAGGUGAUUGGUCCUCUGGAUAAGCCGAUCUCGGUCCCAAUUCACGGGACCAACAAAGUCGACGAGAUCAAUGUGAUUUUGCAGAUGUUGGACGACAUGGGUAUCUGCCCUGACGCUUUUGAUGGAGAUGAACUGCUGAGUUGCAGCUUGGAACAGUUGAAGGACGCGGCGAAUGAGUUUGUAGAGAUCAUGAUAAUGCUGGUGGGCAAAGCAAAUACUCCUGAAGACAAGAUCGGGACGCCCUCGGGCUCGCUCUGUAAACACCCCGCGGGAUCGCCCGCUACGCCUCGGAUGACUCCGAGAGCGAGUCAGAUGGAUCCAUCAGCAUUCGUCAGAUGUCUCUAG